AUGAUAAUAUACACGAUUACAUGGCUCGUUUUAUCCUUAUUUUAUUAUGUCACCGCUCUUCAACUUGAGUUUUAUCCUGGUACACAACCUUACCAUCAAACAGGUUCUCGUUUUAAUAAUACUUCUUGGGUGGUCACCACUCAAGAUCCGUCAGAAAGAUACCUCACAUAUGGACCUUAUACAAAGGAAUGGACUACGACUGCAGCUUCACGUGUUGAUUUUUAUCUAGGAGUAGAUAAUAACAUUGCUGAUCCAUUAAACUUAUUAACUGUUGAAGUUAAUGAUGCAGAUAUGAAUUAUAUAUUAACAAGUAGAAAUAUUUCACGACUUGAUUUUGGUUAUGAUAAAAUACAACCACAAAUAUUUUCUUUAUACUUUUCGAGUACUAUUGGACAUAGAUUAGAAUUUCGAGUUUUUUAUCAUUGCUGUAGUGAAAUCGUUCAUUAUAAAACAAUUGUAAACGAGUUAGAUGAUGGAAAAUUAGCCGAUAUUUUUUCAGGACAAGCAGGAUUAGAACUAGUAAGCUCGUCAGUGUUUCCUACUCCUCAUACAAAUUCAAGCUCUACAGCAAUGUGGAAUGUAGGUACAUACAUUAAACCAUUCGAUGGAAGAUGGUAUGUCUUCUAUAGAGAAGGUUUUUAUGCACCUACACCAGACUUUUGCAAUGGUAUCGUACCAUUAACACGUAUUGCUGUUCGAAAUUCGACCGAUUUUGGAAAAUCAUGGUCAGAACCUGCUGUUGUUGCACUUCCUGGAAACUCAACUUUUGAUAAUUGUGCAGCACUUGAUGGAGCUCCCUUUUACGAUAAUGAAACAGGCUGGUGGCAUUAUUUAGCUCAGUGUAUCGGAAAUAAUAGACGUUGGUCUCUUUGUCAUUAUUCAAGAGCUGGAUAUGAUCCUAUGUCAGGUCCAUUGAUACCCAAUUCAAAAAACCCAGUUGUUCAAGGUGGACAACUAUGGAGUAGAAUCUGUUCUGGUACUGGAAAGCAUUGCACAUUGACUAUGUAUGAUGAAGGUACACCUGAAAUCAUUCAAAAAGUAAAUGGCUGGUUCUAUAUUACUUUUCAUGGUUGGGAUGGACCUAACAAUAAAGCUGCUCGUGGUAUUGCCCGUACUCGAGAUUUUGUUAAUUAUGAUGUAGCUGGUUAUGAUCUUCCUGAUGAUGCUAUAUUCUCUCCUUUGGAUUGUAAUGGAUGGAAUAUUACGUGGAAUCCAGAAAGUUUAUGUGUUGGUGGAGGUGAAGGUAGUAUGGUCAAGUCAGGAGACUAUUAUUAUCACUUGAUUGAAGCUCCAGAUGGUACACUAAAUUGUGAUACUACAUUAGGAGAACAAAAUUGGGUCUUAGGUUUAUUGAGAUCACCAACAUUAAGUGCUCGAUCAGGUGAAUGGGAACAAAUACACUGUAAUCCUGCUUUUAAACCAGCUAAAAAAUAUGGCUGUGGUUUACAAUAUCAUAGAAUUUUUCGUGAUGGUGAUGACUUUUUCUUCUCUAUGUUUGUCAUUGACUUCGGAGUCAACAAUUUAACAAUGAAAAUAUGGAAGGUUGUACCUGGAAAGACUUAUUUUCCAAUUAUGGUUAGUUAUCCGUAA